AAAUUGCACCAUCAUUUAUUCUGGUUAAAUCUACAAAUACCGAAUUUUACGACAUGAUUUGUCAGUUGUGUUUCGCCUCUUAAUUUCUGUGUCCAGUCAAGCAGCAGGGUCGCCUCUUCAUCAUGUUCAGGGCACUCAGACCAGUCAUGUUUCUUUUGGGAAUCCUGUUCGUCUUCUCGGCGGUAGAUUGUAAACUCAACUCCGGAGAUGGUAACUAUGACAUGGUGCUGAUGGUCGAGAAGACAAAUGGUGUUGAAGCCAGGAAGAACCUCGCCAAGGCGCUCAUCACGCGUCUGAACGUCAGCCCAGACAAUGACAGGCUCGCCUUGUACUCUUACAUCGGGCAGGACAUGAAAGUGUUCUAUGAGCUGACCGGGACUGUCGCCCCCAGCAAGCCACAUGCGCUCAAGAAAGUCGCCAGCAUCAAGAAGAAGACAUCCACAAAAAAGACUAACAUGUUCUUUGAGUUGAAGACAGCGGCAUCAGAUCUCCCUACCUCGUUCAUGCCUGCCAGGUUCCUUCGGGCCAAAUCCAAGAAAGCAGUGGUCUUCGUGGCAUCCGCUGGGGUGUCACCGGCCAAGAUGACAGAGGCGGUGAACGCACUCAAGCAGCUGAAGACCAGGAGCAUCAAGCUGGUCGUGUUUGAUUACAAUAGUGGAGCAAGUGCUCCUUUCGUCAAAGCUCUUAAGGCGAAUGGGGGCACUUACAUUCCUUUCACUGAUGCCAAUAUCGGAGCAGCAGUGGCUAAGUUUUUAGGAUAGAACCUAUACUUUGAAGCUAAGAACAUGUACUGUGAAUGUGUAUGCACUAGGCCUAAUGCCGUAAUAGAUGUACAUGUAUGUCCGAAAAGAACUCUGUACGUGAUUCUUGAAUUUUCAGAAAGGUGCUCUCGCAACUACACCAAAAAGAAGUGUCUUCGUUCAGUUUCCUUCUGAAAUGAACAAAGGAUAUUAAAGAAUAUUAUAUCUCA